AAGGAAGGCAGGAAGGGCAGUUGGGCCAGUGAUGGCGGCGAGCCCAGGGGUUCGGGCGCUGCUUGUCUGUCGCAAGGACUGAGCGUCAAGGCUGGGCCCCGCUGGCCGCGCUUCACUGCUAGUGAACUUUCCAUGGAGGUCGCGGGGGCGUUGCUGAUCCCUCUCCCGCACCAAGGCACUGAUAUUGUUUAGCACCUGGAUCGCUUGUGUGCUUGAUUUAUGCUACCUCAGAAAUAUACAUGUGAUGCAAUUUGCCUCAAUGGAAAUGCUGCAACUCGCCAUAAACAUCUGGAGUAUAAAAUUUGAAGUGACCCAGUGCUGUUUCAACAUCUGGAAAAUUCUGCUCUCUUAUGUCUGUUAGUCAUUGUACAACUUCCAAGAGUAAUAUAUUAAAUUAGUGCUCAUUGGUUGAUCUGAAAAAUAACUUUUUCAAACUGUUAAGAGAGCUUUCAUCAAAUUAUCUGGAGUUUCUCAUUAAUGAAAUGCAAUCAUGUCCAAUAAGGAAGAGAGGCAGAUCAAUACUGAAUAUGCUGUAUCUUUGCUGGAGCAGCUUAAGUGUUUUUAUGAUCAGCAGCUAUUGACUGACAUUGUUCUAAUUGCGGAGAGCACUGAAUUCCCGUGCCAUAAGAUGGUUCUUGCUACAUGUAGCUCCUAUUUCAGGGCCAUGUUUAUGAGUGGACUGAGCGAAAGCAAGCAGACACAUGUUCAUUUACAGAAUGUACAUGCACCGACGCUUCAGAUAAUCAUUAGAUAUGCGUACACGGGUAACCUGGUAAUCAAUGACAGUACUGUGGAGCAGCUCUAUGAGACAUCAUCUUUUCUGCAGGUAGAAAAUGUAUCUCAACGUUGUCGGGAAUAUUUAAUAAAGAAAAUCAAUGCUGAGAACUGUGUUCGAUUACUCAGCUUUGCAGACUUGUACAGCUGUGAGGAGCUCAAAUUAAGUGCAAAGCGAAUGGUAGAGCAUAAAUUCACAGCUGUUUAUCAUCAAGAUGCAUUUUUACAGUUGUCACAUGAUCUACUGCUUGAUAUCUUGAGCAGUGACAAUUUAAAUGUUGAGAAGGAAGAGACCGUGCGUGAAGCUGCUAUGGUAUGGCUUGAAUAUGACACCGAAUCACGGUCCCAAUAUUUAUCUUCGGUCCUUGGCCAAAUAAGAAUUGAUGCACUUUCUGAGGUAACGCGGAGAGCCUGGUUCCAAGGCUUGCCACCUAAUGAUAAGUCUGUUGUUGUGCAAGGACUGUAUAAAUCUAUGCCAAAAUUUUUUAAGCCGAGACUUGGUAUGACUAAAGAAGAGAUGCUUAUAUUCACUGAAGUCACAGGUGAAAGUCCUCGUUCUUCCUUUUGUGCUGUUUGCUACAGCCCUCAGGCUGAGAAGGUGUACAAGCUGUGCAACCCACCUGGAGACUUACAGAGAGUGGGGACCCUUGUCACUCCUGACAAUGACAUUUACAUUGCAGGUGGACAGGUGCCUUUGAAAACGUCUAUCACCAAUAAUAGUAAAGCGAGUAAACUACAGGCUGCAUAUAGACCGGUGAAUUGUUUCUACUUGUUUGAUGCUCAGCUGAACAUAUGGGUUCCUAAGACUCCAAUGUUGUGUGCUCGCAAUCGACCUUCAUUGGUUUGUUGUGAGGGAUAUAUCUAUGCAAUCGGAGGGGACAAUGUUACUGGGGAAAUGAACAAACGGACCGUGGAAAGGUAUGAUUCUGAAGCAGAUGAAUGGACUUUAGUAAAUCCCUUGCCUUGUGCUUGGCAAUGGAAUGCAGCAGUGGCUGUGGAGGACUACAUUUAUGUCAUGGCACACAAUUUAACAUUUUGCUACUGCCCACGUACUGACACCUGGGUUGAAAUGGCUGCGCGCCAGACAAGCAGGUGUUUUGCCUCAGCUGCAGCAUUUGGAGACAAAAUUUUCUACAUUGGUGGUUUGCAUAUUGGAAAUAACUCAGGCAUCCGAAUACCUUCAAGCACUGUUGAUGGUUCCUCUGUAACUGUUGAAGUAUAUGAUGUGAUCAAAAAUGAGUGGAAAAUAGCAACUAAUAUCCCUGCAAAACGUUACUCUGACCCAUGUGUAAGGGCAGUCGUGGUCUUGAAUCGCUUGUGUGUGUUUAUGAGAGACACUCAUAUGAAUGAAAAACCCAAGUAUGCAAUCUAUCAGUACAACAUGGAGCUGGACCAAUGGAUCCUGCGACAGUCCAUUUCAGAGCGAGUCCUCUGGGACCUUGGCAAGGAUUUUCGGUGCACUAUGGGGAAACUUUACCCCUCGUGUCUGGAAGAAUCUCUUUGGAAGCCACCGCCAUCUUUAUUUUCACAGGAUGGAGCAGAUGAGUUUGAAUUGGAUGGCGAGAUGGUUACUUUGCCCUUAAAUAGUUAGCCAGAUGUGGGCACAGAUGCUAUGGAUUCCAAGGACAUACAUAGCACAGCAAUGUGCAUGUCAUCAAACUUCCAGGUCAUGACGGGGUUUAUUUUAACAGAUUAAGCUGUACCUAUGUUUAGCACAGCUUGUCACUAAGUUUGCAUAGUAUUGUAUAAAUAACUGAAAUGAGUUGUAGUAUCUUCCACUACUAGAUACUGUGUUCUGCUAAAGAGAUUAUCAUAUUGUUACAGUGUGACUAAUUUUCAAAAGAAAUUGUUUUACUUACACGUAUCUCUGGAUUUGACUAUGAAGAUAUGAAAUAUUGUAGAUCUUCCCAGUAAAAAUAGGCUGAGCAAGGAGGCUGACUGCAGGUUCAGUCGAAACAUUGGAUUUGUUAGAUACAUGUACACCCGUAUCCAUACUGUUCCCAUUUAUUCCAGGUAAUAGAACUAUCAAACGGCUGGUAAUUUACCAGGUGUGUUAGUGGGCAGUGUAAUGACUGCCUGUCUCUUGUAGUGCGGGUCUGUGGAGCUUCAAUACUCAAUGUGUCUCCACAUUGCAAGUAACAUAGGCUCAUCCAUAUUACAAUUUCCUGCUGCUGAAUUGUCAUUUGUUAAAACAAAUUUUAGUGAGUAACAACCAGGUCUUUAUUUUGUAUUUCAUUAAUUUAAUAAGGCAACUGUUACUGUAGUGUGAUUGUGUAUAGGUAACCUAGCUGUUGGGUUUUUAAUACAGUUGGUUUGAGUGAAAUAGUUUCAAGAAUGAACUGUAUCCUGCGUGCAGGAGAGCAGAACGGACCCAGCACUGCUCUGGCAUAACUCCCUGGAACCACUAGCAGUUGCUGGACUCUCCAUUCUAACAUGAGCACAGGUGCUUCAUGAAAUCCCUACUCGCAUGUUCAGCUACAUUGUGUUCCUUUGGCACUGUAUUUUGAAUUAACUUAAUUUAUUAAAAACCUUCACAAAGUAAA